AUGACUCUUGUCCGCCCUGGUCAUUCUGCUUCUUCUUCCCCGACGACCGUCGACCCAGCUUCAAUGAACAAACUGGUGGAUGAAAUUGACGAAAAUUCUUUCUACCAUCACCCGUCCUGGCCCCAGCGAUGGUCGCACCCAGACUUCACCGGCGAUUACACUAAAGCUUGGAGCGCGUCAUGGCGCAGACAGGCGGAAGGCCAAACGACACGGUUUCUUUCCCCCUCAAUGGAGUAUAAGUUCCCGUGGGGUUACAUCAUAUAUCGAACCGUCUACACUCCUAAAUCAGACGAGCUAUGGCCCAUUGCUAUGGAAAAACUCGGUCAUAUUAUAAAUUCUUCGAUUGACGCCGGACUCCACGCUAAGAUUCGUCAUAAUAGGCCCGAGGACCCGGAAUCCAAUGAAGAGCCAGAGCGACUCGUGAAGGAAUCGCGCAAGGAUGUCAUUUUUUCAGACAAGAGGUUCUGGGAUAGGGCCGGGAUUGAGCAGAUUCGUCAACACUUUCGCGAGUAUCUUCGUGCAAGCAAGGGCACAAUCUAUGGCCGAUUCAAAGGAUGCCUUGUCAUUGAUGAACUGUCCCUGAAGUCGAUUGUUUUCAGCGAUGUCCCUCAGCCCUGGCUCGGCGGGAGAUCGCCUAAUAUGGGUCAGUAUUGCUUAGGUGUUGUUGGUAUGAUCGAUGGGCUGUAUCCUGAAAGUCGGGAUCAUCCGCGAUAUACUGGCUUCAUGCGGGUGUAUGUCCGUUCUCUGUGGGAUUUGUACUGCCAAUUGUGCCGGGAGAAUAUGCGCGAGUCGAUUCCCUAUCCGUAUUUGUUCUCCGUUCCCGAGGGUUUGAUCCCCGUCUAUGAUGGUGGAACUGGGGAAGCGCAGGAUGAGGAGGGAAAUAUCUAUCCAAUUGUAUUGGAACGGCCCAAACGGGGCCCUCGGGUGGCUUGA